AUGCCCGAACCUGAGGGGAUUUACUUUGAAAUCCUUACCAGAAUUGCGGAGCUCGAAGUGCUGGCCAAAGCGUCCGAACAAAGCAACACAAGGUGGAGAGGUCAGCAGAGGCAUGGAGGACCUAUAGAUCUUGAUAUUUUGGAAGGUGAUGCUUGGAAAACCUACUUUAGAUUUUCUAAAGAUGAGGUAUACCGGCUUGCUACCUGUCUGAAAAUACCCGACAAGAUCCAGAGUGAUAACUUCAUAUUUGAGGACAAAAUCACUGCCUUGUGUAUGCUGCUAGCACAAUUGGCAUGUCCUAAUCACUUAUCGGAUCUCCAUCUUAAAUUUGGUCGGAAACCAGAGAGAGUUUCCCGUACUGUUAAUACCCUCCUACGCUUUAUCUAUGACACCUGGAAACAUCUACUUGUAUUCGACUUUCAACGCCUCACACCGCAGAAGCUGUACUUGUUUACUCGUGUUAUACAAGCUACUGAUGCGCCAUACGCAAAGGCACCUGAUGGGACAAGCCUUCAGAUCUACGGGGAUCCAGCAUAUGGUAUCAGCGAGCAUUUGAUAACACCAUUCCAAGGGGCAGCAAUUACAGAAGACGAACAGCUCUGGAAUAGAUCCAUGUCAAAAGUCCGAAUCGUUGUCGAAUAG